GCUGUUCUCAACUUACAACCCCCACUCGAGUACUCGAAAGAAGUCAAUGAUUACAAAAACUUAAUCAAGACUUUGAUUAUGGGAAUGAAGACCAUAAUUUGGAGCAUUACCAAUGCUCAUCUACCUCGCCCUCAAAAUCAGGUAUCACCUGCACAGGGGAACCUUCAGCAAGUGCAAGUGUCACCAUCUUCUAAUUCCUCGCUUCCACAAGGAUUUAAAGGAAUGAGAGAAGAUGAGGUAAGAAAAGCAUCUGGUAUUUUGAAGAGUGGUGUGCAUUGCUUAGCUCUUUUCAAAGAGAAAGAGGAGGAAAGGGAAAUGCUGCAAUGUUUUUCACAAGCUUUAGCUAUAAUGGAAGCUCGGGACCUUAUGGACAUGUUUGCAUUGCGAAUGCCUGAACUCUUUGACUGCAUGGUUACUAACAUACAGUUACUACAUGUAUUUGCCAACCUAAUCCAAAAUCCCAAGGUCCUCCGGCCCUUGGCAGAUGUUAUGGUUAAUUAUCUUGCUAGUAGCAAACUUGAUGCUCUUAAGCAUCCAGAUUCCCCAGCUGGAAAACUUGUUUUGCAACUUUUUAGAUACCUAUUUGUAUCUGUUGCUAAAUCACCAGCAGAAUGUGAGCGCAUGCUGCAGCCCCAUAUUCCUGUUAUAUUUGAGAUAUGCAUGAAGAAUGCUAUUGAAGUUGAAAAACCUCUUGGUUAUAUGCAACUGCUUCGAAGUAUGUUCAGAUCACUAAAUGGUGGAAAGUUUGAUACACUUUUGCGAGAUCUGAUACCUUCUCUGCAACCAUGUCUCAAUAUGCUGCUAGCUAUGAUUGAGGGACCCAGUGGUGAAGACAUGAGGGAUCUUGUAUUGGAGCUUUGCCUAACCUUGCCAGCUCGUUUAAGCUCAUUGCUUCCACUCCUUCCUCGCCUUAUGAAGCCUCUUGUUCUAGCACUAAAAGGCAAUGAUGAUCUUGUGAGUUUGGGACUCCGGACACUAGAGUUCUGGAUUGACAGUUUGAAUCCAGACUUUUUGGAGCCUAGUAUGGCAAGUGUUAUGUCUGAUGCUAUACUUGCUUUAUGGUCUCAUUUAAGGCCUCUUCCAUACCCGUGGGGAACAAAAGCUUUGCAAUUACUCGGCAAGUUAGGUGGACGAAACAGACGAUUCCUGAAGGAACCCCUCAUGCUUGAGUGCAAAGAGAAUCCAGAGCAUGGCCUCCGUCUUAUACUAACAUUUGCGCCUUCAACCCCAUUUUUAGUACCCCUUGACAGGUGCAUCUAUCUUGCUGUAGCUGCAGUUAUGAAUCAUGGUAGUGGGAUGGAUUCUUUUUACAGAAGACAGGCGCUUAAGUUUCUUAGGGUAUGCUUGGUGUCUCUGUUGAAUCUUCAGGGUAACAUAAUGGUCGAAGGUGUGACUCCUACUCUACUGGGAACAUUAUUGGUUUCUGCAGUGGAUCCUUCGUUGCGGCGUACAGAUACUGCAGAUAUGAAGGUUGAUUUGGGAGUUAAGACAAAGACUCAGCUUAUGGCUGAGAAAUCUGUUUUUAAAACGCUCAUUAUGACCACCAUUGCUGCAAGUGCAGACCCUGACCUCCAAGAUUUGAAUGAUGAAUAUGUUGUCAAUAUCUGUCGCCACUUUGCUAUGCUUUUUCAUGUGGACUAUCCUGGAAAUUCCAUGCUUCCAACGAAUGUCAAUCUAAAUUCCAGAUCAAGAAAUAGUACUUCCAGUUUAAAGGAAUUGGAUCCACUUAUUUUUUUGGAUGCAUUGGUGGAGGUUCUUGCUGAUGAAAAUAGGCUUCAUGCUAAGGCUGCUCUUAAAGUAUUAAAUGUCUUUGCUGAAGCACUUCUAUUCCUUGCUCGAGCAAAACAUGCAGGUCUUCCAAGUUCUAGGAGUGGUCCUGCUACUCCAAUGAUGGUCUCUAGUCCAUCUCUUAACCCAGUGUACUCACCACCCCCAGGUGUUCGGAUCCCUGUCUUUGAACAGCUUUUGCCUCGCCUAUUGCAUUGUUGCUAUGGAAGUACUUGGCAAGCUCAAAUGGGUGGUGUCAUGGGGCUUGGUGCUUUAGUCGGUAAAGUUUCUGUUGAGACCUUAUGCAUUUUCCAAGUGCGGAUAGUUCGUGGCCUUGUAUUUGUGCUUAAAAGGUUGCCAAUGCAUGCUAACAAAGAGCAGGAAGAGACGAGUCAGGUGCUUACGCAGGUCCUUCGUGUUGUGAACAAUGUUGAUGAAGCAAACAAUGAGCCUCGCAAACAGAGUUUUCAGGGAGUUAUUGAAUUUCUUUCUUGCGAACUUUUCAAUCCUAAUGCAUCUAUUGUUGUUAGGAGAACUGUGCAGUCAUGCUUAUCUCUUUUGGCUAGUAGAACUGGCAGUGAGGUCUCUGAGUUGCUUGAGCCUCUGUAUCCCCCCCUACUUCAGCCUUUGAUAACGAGGUCAUUACGUUCUAAGAACGUAGAACAGCAGGUUGGGACAGUUACAGCUUUGAACUUCUGCCUUGCCUUGAGACCGCCUCUACUUAAGCUGACUCCUGAGCUUGUCAAUUUCUUGCAAGAUGCUCUGCAAAUUGCUGAAGCUGAUGAAACUGUAUGGGUUACAAAGCUUAUGAACCCAAAAGUGGUUUCCACGUUAAACAAGCUUCGUACUGCAUGCAUUGAGCUACUUUGCACUGCGAUGGCUUGGACAGAUCUUAAAACACCAAACCAUGCUGAACUGCGUGCAAAAAUCAUAUCAAUGUUUUUCAAGUCUCUGACUUGUCGUACCCCAGAAAUUGUUGCUGUUGCUAAAGAAGGGCUUCGACAGGUAAUCCAGCAACAGAAGAUGCCAAAGGAUCUUUUGCAGAGCAGUUUAAGGCCUAUUUUAGUUAACUUGGCACAUACAAGAUCACUUACCAUGCCUUUGCUCCAAGGAUUGGCCCGUUUACUUGAGCUUCUAUCAAACUGGUUCAAUGUCACUUUGGGCGUUAAGCUAUUGGAUCAUUUGAAAAAAUGGUUAGAACCUGAAAAGCUUGCUCAAACUCAGAAGUCUUGGAAGGCUGGGGAUGAACCAAAGGUUGCUGCAGCCAUGAUUGAUCUUUUUCAUCUACUCCCACCAGCUGCUGGGAAGUUUCUUGAUGAUCUUGUCACAAUUGUAAUUGACCUGGAGGGAGCACUUCCCCAGGGACAGUUUUAUAGUGAAAUUAACAGUCCAUAUCGGAUUCCACUCGCCAAAUUUUUGAAUCGUUAUGCAUCAGAAGCUGUUGAUUACUUUCUUGCACGAUUAGAUCGCCCAAAAUAUUUUAGGCGGUUCAUGUAUAUAAUUUGCUCAGAUGCAGGUCAACCCUUGAGAGAAGAGCUGGCCAGGUCACCACAAAAGAUAAUCUCCAAUGCAUUUCCACAAUUUUCUUCACCAGCAGAUGGAUCUUCUAGUCAAAAAUGUUCUGCUAUGACUGAAGAAGCGUUUAAUAAUCCCAUUUCAGAAAGUUUUUCUGCUUCAUCAACGAACUUGGGAGCAAGCUCUGAUGGCUACUUUCAUGGACUUUAUAUUAUCUCAACUUUGGUUAAAUUGAUGCCUGCUUGGCUUUAUACCAAUAGAACUGUGUUUGAAACUUUAUUGCGAGCUUGGAAGUCACCAGCCAGGGUUGCAAGGUUACAGAAUGAGCAGGAAUUAAGUUUACUUGAGGUCAAGGAAAGCAAAUGGCUUGUCAAAUGCUUUCUCAAUUAUUUAAGGCAUGAUAAGUCGGAAGUUGGAGCUUUGUUUGAAAUGCUAUCAAUUUUCUUGUUCCACAGUCGCAUAGAUUAUACGUUCCUAAAGGAAUUCUAUAUUAUCGAGGUUGCUGAAGGACAUCCACCAAGCUUGAAGAAAGUAAUUCUUUUGCACUUCUUGAAUGUCUUCCAGUCAAAGUUAUAUGGUCAAGAUCACUUGGUCAUUGCCAUGCAAAUUUUGAUUCUUCCCAUGUUAGCUCAUACAUUUCAAAAUGAACAAAGCUGGGAAGUAGUUGACGCUGCUGUAAUCAAAACAAUUGUUGAAAAGCUUCUUGAUCCUCCUGAAGAGGUUAGUGCUGAAUAUGAUGAACCCUUGAGGAUUGAACUUCUACAGCUCGCCACAUUACUUUUGAAAUAUCUGCAAGCUGAUCUUGUACAUCACCGUAAGGAGCUCAUAAAAUUUGGUUGGAACCAUCUGAAGCGUGAAGAUAAUUCUAGUAAACAAUGGGCUUUUGUAAAUGUUUGCCACUUCUUGGAGGCUUAUCAAGCUCCUGAGAAAAUUAUUCUUCAGGUUUUUAUUGCUCUGCUAAGAACUUGCCAACCUGAGAAUAAGUUGCUAGUUAAACAGGCUCUUGAUAUACUGAUGCCUGCUCUCCCACGACGGCUUCCUCCUGGUGAUAGUAGAGUACCAAUAUGGAUUCGUUAUACCAAGAAAAUACUUGUUGAAGAGGGCCAUUCAAUUCCCAAUAUGAUCCAUAUUUUUCAGCUAAUUGUCAGGCACUCAGAUCUAUUUUAUAGUUGCAGAGCACAAUUUGUUCCUCAGAUGGUGAACUCUCUCAGCCGAUUAGGAUUGCCUUACAACACAACAGUUGAAAAUAGACGCCUUGCCAUUGAACUUGCUGGUUUAGUUGUUGCCUGGGAGAGGCAAAGGCAGAAAGAAAUGAGAGUUGUGCUAGAAACAGAUGAUCAUGGCCAGGUUAGCGAUGCUUUUAUUCCUAAUCCUAUUGCUGGGGAUUUAAAGCGUCCUGUAGACACUUCAACUUUUUCUGAUGACCUGAGUAAGCGGGUCAAGGUUGAACCAGGCCUUCAGUCCCUUUGUGUAAUUUCACCCGUUGGUUCAUCUAUCCCAUGUAUUGAUACACCUGGAUCUGCUGGUCAAGCUGAUGAAGAGUAUAAACCUAAUGCUGCAAUGGAGGAGAUGAUUAUCACUUUUCUAAUAAGAGUUGCACUGGUGAUAGAACCUAAGGACAAGGAAUCAAGCUUUAUGUACAAGCAGGCACUGGAGUUACUUACACAGGCCUUGGAGGUCUGGCCAAAUGCUAAUGUCAAGUUCAAUUAUCUUGAGAAACUGUUGGGAAAUAUGCAACCUUCUCAGCCCAAAGAUCCAGCAACUGCUCUUGCUCAGGGUCUUGAUGUUAUGAACAAAGUUUUGGAAAAGCAGCCGCGCAUCUUUAUCAGAAACAAUAUUAAUCAUAUCUCACAGAUUCUUGAACCCUGCAUCCGUAGCAAGAUGUUAGAUGCUGGCAAGUCCCUUUGCUCCUUAUUGAAGAUGGUUUUCAAUACUUUCCCGCUUGAGGCAGCCAGUACACCUCAUGAUGUGAAGUUAUUAUAUCAAAGGGUUGCAGAUCUCAUUCAAAAGAAUCUUGCUGCUACAGCCCCGCAGAUGUCACUUGAAGCAGGCUCUAAUUCAAUGAUCAGCUUUUCACUCUUCAUUGUUAAAACAUUAACAGAAGUUCAAAGGAGUUUGAUUGAUCCAUUUAUAGGUCCAAUGGUUCGUGUCCUUCAACGUCUGGCAAGGGAUUCAGGCUCUUCAACUGGAACUCAAAUCAAACAAGGACAUAAAUCUGAUUUGGAUUCAUCUUCUAGUAUGCGUAGCGCUAAUGAUUCUGGAUCUGUCAUCUCAAAUAUGAAAUGCAUCGUAAAUCUAAUCAGUGAAAGAGUCAUGCAGUUUUCUGAAUGUAAAAGACUGAUAACUCAAACGUUGCAUGUAUUACUCUCUGAAAAAGGAACGGAUUCAAGUGUGCUGCUAUGCAUACUGGAUGCAAUAAAAUUCUGGAUUGAGGAUGAUUUCAAGCAUGUUUCAUCGGGAACUUCAAGCAUGUCUCUUGCUUCAAAGGAUAUUGUUUCCUAUUUACAGAAGCUAUCACUAGUUGAUAGGAGGGACUUCUCGUCAACUACAUUGGAAGAAUGGGACAAAAAAUAUCUUGAGCUUAUAUAUGGUUUAUGUGCAGAUUCAAGCAAGUAUCCUUUGGCACUUCGUCAAGAGGUAUUUCAGAAGGUGGAGCGACAAUAUAUGCUGGGCCUAAGAGCGAAGGAUCCAGAAAUUAGACAGCGGUUCUUCUUACUUUACAACAAUUCUUUUGAGAAAACGUUGUUCAUCAGACUUCAGUAUAUUAUCCAAUUUCAGGACUGGGAAGCCGUGAGUGAUGUUUUCUGGUUGAAGCAGGGACUUGAUCUUUUGUUGGCAGUCCUGGUGGAAAAUGAACCAAUCAAUCUUGCUCCAAAUUCUGCACGAGUGCCACCACUUAUGGUAUCAGGACCACAUCUGGACCGUUCAUGUGUUCUGCCACAGGUUUCCGAUGCUCCAGAUGGCCAUGAGAGUGCUCCGCUCACAUUUGAAUUUCUUCUGACUAAGCAUGCUCAGUUUCUAAAUGAAAUGAGUAAACUUCAGGUUGCCGACCUUGUGAUUCCUUUAAGGGAAUUAGCGUAUGCGGAUGCUAAUGUUGCAUAUCAUUUAUGGGUAUUGAUUUUCCCAAUAGUUUGGGUCACCCUUCAGAAAGAUGAGCAAGUUUCUCUGGCUAGACCCAUUAUAUCACUUCUGUCUAAAGACUACCACAAGAAGCAACAAGCAACCAGACCUAAUGUUGUGCAGGCACUUCUAGAAGGUAUUCAUUUGUGUCACCCCCAGCCUCGAAUGCCAAGUGAGCUAAUCAAAUAUAUUGGGAAGACUUACAAUGCCUGGCAUAUCUCUCUAGCUCUCCUUGAGAGUCAUGUCGUGUUGUUCAUGAAUGAACCAAAAUGUUCUGAAUCACUUGCCGAGCUUUAUCGAUUGCUUAAUGAAGAAGAUAUAAGAUGUGGAUUAUGGAAGAGAAGGUCAAUUACCGCAGAAACAAGAGCAGGCCUAUCUCUAGUCCAGCAUGGUUACUGGCAGCAUGCUCAAAACCUCUUUUAUCAGGCAAUGAUCAAGGCCACACAGGGUACUUACAACAAUACAGUUCCCAAGGCUGAAAUGUGUCUUUGGGAAGAACAGUGGCUUUGUUGUGCUAGCCAGCUAAGUCAGUGGGAUGCAUUGGCAGACUUUGGAAAGAGUGUGGAGAACUAUGAAAUUCUUUAUGACUGCCUUUGGAAGGUUCCAGAUUGGGCUUAUUUGAAGGAUAAUGUAAUUCCAAAGGCUCAAUUAGAAGAGACACCAAAACUUCGUAUAGUUCAAGCAUUUUUUUCUCUUCAUGAUAGAAAUACAGGCGGUGUUGGAGAUGCUGAAGGUACUGUGUCCAAAGGCGUUGAAUUGGCACUAGAACAGUGGUGGCAAUUGCCUGAGAUGUCCGUUCAGUCCCGCACACCACUUUUGCAGCAGUUUCAGCAGCUUGUUGAGGUCCAAGAAUCAGCAAGAAUUCUACUUGACAUUGCUAAUGGAAACAAACAAACAUCUGGAAAUUCUGGUUCUGGUGUUCACAGUGGGUAUGCAGAACUCAAAGAUAUCUUUGAGACUUGGAGGCUUAGAACUCCUAAUGAAUGGGAUAACAUGACUGUUUGGUGCGAUUUACUUCAAUGGAGAAAUGAGAUAUAUAAUGCUGUAAUUGAAGCAUUCAAGGACUUCGCAUCAACAAAUCCACAGCUCCAUCAUCUUGGUUACCGAGAUAAAGCAUGGAAUGUGAAUAAGCUUGCUCACAUUGCACGUAAGCAUGGCCUGUAUGAUGUUUGUGUGACAAUUCUUGACAAGAUGUAUGGUCAUUCUACCAUGGAAGUGCAGGAAGCCUUUGUGAAAAUAAGAGAACAGGCAAAAGCUUAUCUGGAAAUGAAAGGAGAACUAAGCAGUGGUCUCAACUUGAUCAACAACACUAAUCUUGAGUACUUUCCUGUGAAAAACCAAGCAGAAAUAUUUCGCAUCAAAGGAGACUUCUUGCUAAAGAUGAAUGAUUGUGAGAAUGCUAAUCUUGCAUAUUCCAAUGCUAUAACUGUUUUCAAACAUUUGCCUAAGGGAUGGAUAAGUUGGGGCAAUUAUUGCGAUAUGGUUUAUAAGGAAACACACGAUGAAAUGUGGUUAGAAUAUGCUGUGAGUUGCUUCUUUCAGGGCAUUAAAUAUGGUGUUUCGAACUCGAGGAGUCAUUUAGCUCGCAUACUUUACCAUCUUAGCUUUGAUACAACAAAUGAACCUGUUGGAAGAGCUUUUGAUAAAUACAUGGACCAGUUACCACAUUGGGUCUGGCUUUCAUGGAUACCUCAGCUGCUUCUUUCUUUGCAAAGGAGUGAAGCACCGCAUUGCAAGCUAGUUCUUUUAAAAAUUGCUACUGUGUAUCCUCAGGCUUUAUACUACUGGCUACGUACAUAUCUCAUGGAACGACGGGAUGUUGCUAAUAAAUCUGAAUUUGGAAGGAAUUCAACAUUGGCUCAACAACGCAUGCAACAAACCGGUUCAGGGUCCAAUGGUAUGUCUGAUGGAAGUGGAAGAGGUCUGAAUCAUGUUAGUAGUGGCUUGCCUUCUGAAAGCCAUAUUCAUUCUGGCUCCCAAAAUGGAAGUACUUCUGGUUCUCAUGAUGGAGGAGGUACUCAAGGGCAAGAUUCUGAAAAACCAGCUAAUGCAGAAGCUGCAGUUAAUGCUGGACAUGAACAACCUCCACAAGCUGUAGUUCAAGAAAACAACCAACUUCCAUUUAGGCGUAAUACUGCACUUGGUUGGGCUGCUUCUGCGACCAGUGCAUUUGAUGCUGCAAAGGACAUAAUGGAAGCUCUUAGGAACAAGCACCCAAACUUGGCUAGUGAACUUGAGGCACUGCUAUCAGAAAUAGGCUCAAGAUUUGUUACUCUUCCUGAGGAGCGGCUUCUUGCUGUUGUUAAUGCAUUACUUCAUCGUUGCUAUAAGUAUCCAACUGCUACUACUGCUGAGGUUCCACAAUCUCUUAAAAAGGAGCUAUCUGGAGUUUGUAGGGCUUGCUUCUCUGCAGAUGCUGUGAACAAGCAUGUUGAUUUUGUGAGGGAAUAUAAACAGGAUUUUGAACGUGAUCUGGAUCCUGAGAGCACGAACACAUUUCCGGCUACCCUUUUAGAAUUAACCGAUAAGCUGAAGCACUGGAAAAAUAUUCUCCAAAGCAAUCUUGAGGAUAGGUUUCCUGCCGUUUUAAAAUUAGAGGAAGAGAGUAAAGUAUUGCGGGACUUUCAUGUUGUUGAAGUGGAGGUUCCUGGACAGUAUUUUACUGAUCAGGAAGUCGCACCUGAUCAUACAAUAAAGUUGGACAGAAUUGGGGCGGACAUUCCUAUUGUUAGGAGGCAUGGUAGCAGUUUCCGGCGCCUCACACUUAUUGGGUCUGAUGGUUCCCAGCGCCAUUUCAUUGUUCAGACAUCUCUUACUCCUAAUGCCAGAAGUGAUGAACGCAUUCUUCAGCUCUUCCGAGUAUUGAAUAGGAUGUUUGACAAGAAUAAAGAAUCAAGGCGGCGCCAUCUAACAAUUCAUACCCCAAUUAUAAUACCUGUUUGGUCACAGGUUCGAAUGGUAGAGGAUGACGUUAUGUAUAGCACAUUUCUUGAGGUCUAUGAGAUCAACUGUGCGCGGAACAAUCGAGAGGCGGAUUUGCCAAUCACUGAUUUCAAGAAAAAACUCAAUCAGGCUAUCUCUGGACAGAUAUCACCUGAGGGAGUAGUUGAACUACGCUUGCAGGCAUAUCUUGAGAUCACAAGAACUGGGGUGAAUGAUAACAUCUUUUCCCAGUACAUGUACAAGACAAUCCCAAAUGGUAACCAUCUUUGGGCCUUCAAGAAGCAAUUUGCCGUUCAGCUAGCACUUUCAUGCUUUAUGUCAUACAUGUUGCAAAUUGGGGGUCGUUCUCCGAAUAAGACUCUAUUUGCGAAGAACACUGGAAAGAUUUUUCAAACCGAUUUUCACCCUGCUUAUGAUUCAAAUGGAAUGAUUGAGUUCAAUGAACCAGUACCUUUUCGCUUGACUCGCAAUAUGCAGUCUUUCUUCUCAAAUUUUGGAGUUGAAGGUCUCAUUGUAUCUGCUAUGUGUUCUGCUGCACAAGCUGUUUCUUCACCCAAGCAAAGCCAGCACAUUUGGUAUCAACUUGCCAUGUUUUUCCGUGACGAACUCCUUUCUUGGUCUUGGAGACGGCCCCUUGGCUUGAAUUCGGCCCCUGCUACUUCUGGAGGAAUCAAUCCUUUGGACUUCGAGCUGAAGAUUACGAGUAAUGUGGAGCAUGUCAUAGAACGUAUCAAAGGGAUAGCACCACAUCCCUCUUCAGAUGAGGAGGAAAAUACAACUGACCCACCUCAGUCUGUGCAAAGAGGAGUCACAGAUCUAGUUGAAGCCGCCUUGAACCCAAAGAAUCUGUGCAUGAUGGAUCCAACUUGGCAUCCCUGGUUUUAAGUAAGCGUUUCCAAACAUGUCUCUCUUGUGAAGCUUCUGACACGCAGUUGAUGAGCAGAAAAUGUUUUUAUUUUCUCUGUACAAAUGGAUCUGUUGCAUGCUUAAACUGCUCAUUGGCUUGUAAUGUGAAAGAAUGCUCAUUUUAGUGGUGAAAUAUAUAAAAUACGAGAAGAGCUUGGGAUGGACUCUUUUUUUU